AAUCCACUCUGCAAACACUAAAAUAGUGCGUUUGAAUCGCAAUCCCCGUUUCCUUUGCUGAUAGGUGAACCCUUCCUUCGUGUCUCAAACAUCGCCGGUACGCCCCACCCAUAAUCAUUCAAAAUUAGUACCUUCCAAUCGUUGUUUUUGAGUCCUAUCUUCAACAUAUACCAAAGCUUUCAAAAGCGAUAUACCAGCCAGAUCUCAUGCAGCACAAUGAGGGCAGCUCGCAAUAAUAUCUACAAGGAUGACGUUGAUUUCGCCACCCUUGCGCGGCAAUCGCCCGAAUUCGCAAAGUAUCUCAAACGAAACAAUCAACUGGACUUUGGUGAUCCCGAUGCUGUCCGCCAAUUAACCAAGAGUCUCUUGCAACGAGACUUUAACUUGAAGGUCCACAUCCCUGAAAACAGGCUAUGUCCACCAGUGCCAAAUAGGUUCAAUUAUAUCCUCUGGUUGCAACGCCUUUUAGACACCACGGGAAACGAAUACCGUGACGACUAUGAUCCUGAUAGGAAAGUUGUCGGGCUUGACAUAGGAACAGGAUGCUGCAGCAUAUACCCGCUUCUGGGAUGUGCUGUAAGGCCACAAUGGAAAUUUGUAGCAACGGAUAUUGAUGAUGACAAUAUUCGAACGUCCCAAGAGGCUGUAUCCGCAAACGAACUAGACUCGCGCAUCCGCAUUAUUAAGACGGAUCCCAGUGAUAGUCUCAUCUCAUUGAAGAAGCUGGAAGUUGAAACCCUUGAUUUCACGAUGUGUAACCCUCCAUUCUAUGUCUCUCGCGAGGAGCUGGUAUACUCUGCACAAGCAAAAAAGCGACCUCCAUUCUCAACGUGUACCGGCGCAGAAGUGGAAGUGGUCACCCAAGGAGGGGAGGUUGCUUUCGUGUCGCGCAUGAUUGAAGAAAGCCUUCAUCUUCGCGAGCGAGUCUCGUGGUAUACCUCGAUGCUAGGAAAGCUGAGCAGCGUGACUAUACUCGUCGAGAAACUCAUUGAACACGACAACCACAAUUACGCGGUCACAGAAUUCGUUCAAGGCUCUAAGACUAGACGAUGGGCGAUAGCUUGGUCGUGGGGAGAUCUCCGCCCUUCAGUGGAUGUUGCGAGAUCAAUCACAACCUUGCCAAGACACCUUCUCCCGUUUCCGUCUGAAUUCAUCUUUGAUAUUCCCACCGGCUCAAUUGACAGUGAAGGUCGAAACCUCGAUAACGAACUCACUUCUCUCCCGCUUCAAUGGGUGUGGCGCAGUACUCUAGCCACGGGUGCUGGGUUCGCCAUGGGGAACGUGUGGUCCCGCCAGGCGCGUAGGAAGAUGAAAGGUUCAGCUGGGGCAAUGCAGAGUAUGGACAUUGAUGAGAAGAAAGCAGCACUCGGGUUUAAAGUGCUUCUAAGGAAGGAAGGCAUCGAGGAGAAGGGUGUCCGGGUCCUGAUAAGAUGGCUCAAGGGAACGGAUCCUGUCUUGUUCGAGAGCUUUUGUGGUAUGGUGAAGAGGAAGCUCGAGGGCAGGUAGAGGAAUAGAAACUAGGUUGUUUACCAUUUGUUCUCCUAGCCU